AUGCUCCUCGACACUCCGGGAUCAUCCGAUAUCACCACACCCCCAGCAUCCACCCGCAAGAGAGCUGGGGGAAGGAGGUCCAAGACUGGAUGUCGUACCUGUCGUGCCCGUCAUAAGAAAUGCGAUGAAACCCCAGGCGCCUGCAUCAAUUGUACAUCUACGGGUCGAACCUGCGAUGGAUAUGAGCUCCACCGCUUACCCCGCGAGGUGAGGAGACCCGGAAAAGCAGUGGUGGGGAUAACAGUGCCCGCCUCACUCGCGAAUGGGAUCCACUGGGUGAUGAAUUCCGACGAGCAACGAGCAUUCGCCUAUUUCCAGCAUCGAUCCAUGCCCGCGUUUCUAGGAUGGUUUGACUCGUCGCUAUGGCAGAAAUUGGUCCUCCAGUUGAGUCAUGCAGAGCCCGCUGUAUACCAUGCAGCUGUCGCAUUGAGCGCCAUCCACCAGGAUGCCGAGAAGAAAGGCAUGCCGCUUGCUAGGGAAGACUUGGACAAUACUUGGCAUCGCUUCGCUUUGGAACAGGCGGGACGCUCCAUGGUCUUGCUCAAUGCGCGACGGACAUCGCAGGAUCCCCGUCUGAGAGAGGUCACUCUGCUGUGCUGCUUGCUUUUCACCUUGUCUGAAUUGCUGCGCGGUCGGUACGAUAACGCCUUUAAACAUCUGCAUGGUGGUAUACACAUCUUGAAAAAUCUAGGCGCCCAUAGACAGCUUGAUUCGGUGGCAAUGUCUAAGCCUCCGGUCGAGUGGUGUCUUGUCGAGGCAUUUGCGCACUUGGACGUCCAGUCUACCCAGUUCGGCGUAGGAGGUCCGAUCUGGUUUACCGAUAAGCAGGACCAUAUCCAGCUAGGUAAUGGGAAGUCCUCCGUUUUUCAUUUUCAUACUCUUGCAGAGGCGCGUCGAGCUUUCGAUCGCGUGAUGGGCACUGUCCUUGAGUUCACAGCAAAGGCAUGGGGCUCAACCCACAGUCAGAUCGCAUCGGACUACGAAACACUAUACAAGGAGCAGCUCGAACUUUGUCUACAGAUAGACACAUUUGCACGAGCAUUCGAUACAUUUCGAGCCGACACAUACCCUCAGAUGAGCCCGAAAGAGCGACGAGGAGCCGACGUUGUCCACCUACACCAGCGAGCCGCAACCCUCACCCUCCAAACCUGCCUUUUAGACGGAAACGAGCCGGUACUUGAUCAGUACACGCCCGAAUUCGAAAAUAUCCUAUCUUUAGCGGCUGUAAUCAUGCACACAUUCCCAGAGCGCCCGAGUGUUUGCUUUGACAUGGGCGUCAUUCCACCUCUGACUCUCGUGGCGACAGGCUGUCGUGAUUACAAUGUUCGGUGGCGCGCAAUCGAGAUGCUUCGUUCUUGGCCUCAUCGCGAGGGGACCUGGGAUUCCAACUUGUGUGCGCAGCUGGCGGUUCAUACUAUGAAAGUGGAGGCAAUGAAUAAUUUCAAUGUGGAUGCGAAUGGAACACCGGCCGAUGUUCACAACGAGCCAUCCUUGCGAGGUAUAUUCAUGACAGUCGAAGAAGAUCAGCGCCAGGCGCGUAUUUCGUACUUUCUUGGAGAUGUAAAGCACGAACUUCGGGUUAUGCUGGAGGAGGAUAUACAUCCCUUUUAG